UCCCAACAAACACUGUGAAGUAGCUCAUGGACAGUGGAUGGAUAAACCUUUAACAGUCAUUAAAACUCCAGACAUCUUCAGCCUGUCUGUGCAAACAGUGAGAGAUGAGAUGAAGAACUGUGUGAGUCUUUGUCCUCCUGGACCAAAUGUCCUGCUGCUGUUAGUGAAACCUUCAGAUUUCACUGAAGAAAACAGAGAAACACUAAAGUUCAUCCUGAAUUUGUUUGAUAGAGAUGCCUUCAAACACUCACUGAUCAUCAGCACACAGUCCCAUCAGUGGGAGGAAACAAACGUCUCUGUGGACAAACUACUACAGGAAUGUGAUGGAAGACAAUACAAGAUGUUCAGUGAUGAUCUCAAACUGCUGAUGGCAGAGAUUGAGAAGAUUGUCUCCAAAAACAGAAUGUUUCUCAGUUUCAGAAGAGAAGUGACAUUAAAAAGGUCUGCUUUAAACCUGGUUCUGUUUGGGAGGAGAGGACCAGUAAAGACCUCAGCAGCCAAGGCUAUUCUAGGUCAGACAGAUCUUCCUUCAGCUUCCAGCUCAUCAGAGUGUGUUAGAAACCAGGGAGAGGUUCAUGGACGUUUGGUUUCUGUGGUGGAGCUGCCUGCCUUGUGUGGAAAAGCUCAGCAUGGAGUGAUGGAGGAAUCAUUCAGGUGUAUCUCCCUCUGUGAUCCUGAGGGUGUCCACGCCUUCAUCCUGGUCCUACCUGUGGGUCCCCUCACUGAUGAAGACAAGGGAGAGUUAAAGACCAUCCAGGACACAUUCGGCUCUAGAGUCAAUGACUUCACCAUGAUCCUGUUCACUACGGAGUCAGGUCCUACAGAUCCUAACUGCAUAGAGACUGAUAGAAACAUCCAGGAGCUCCUUCAGAGCUGUGGAGGAAGAUAUGAUGUUCUCAACAUCAAGGUUCCACAGCAGAUACCAGGACUGUUGGAGAGGGUGGAGGAAAGUAUCUCUAAGAGGGAGACUCUGUUGUCCUACACAAUUAAAACACUAGCAUGUGGCCAAAUAGAGGACAAAGCACAGUUCCAAGCUAAACUGAUGGACCCAAAGACCGACCUUGCAGACACUGAGGAGAGGAAGAGCCCAGAAUGUUUCAGGAUUGUUCUGAUUGGGAAAACUGGUAAUGGAAAGAGCUCAUCCGGAAACACCAUCCUGGGGAGAGAGGUGUUUAUCGCCAAACCAUCUCAACAUUCAGUCACAAAAUUCUGUCAGAAAGCCCAGGGUGAGGUGGACGGUCGUCCGGUUGCUGUUGUUGACACUCCUGGUCUGUUUCACGACAGUUUGUCCAAUGAAGAAGUUCAUGAUGAGAUGAUAAAAUGUAUGAGUCUUCUGGCUCCGGGUCCACAUGUCUUCCUGCUGGUGAUACAGAUCGGCAGAUUCACAGAGGCGGAGAGAGAGACUUUAAAAUUCAUCAAGAAAGUUUUGGGAAAGAAUUAUGAGAAGUUCACCAUCAUCCUUUUCACUAUGGGAGAUUUACUGGAACAUAACAGUGUAUCUGUUAAUAGCUUUAUUUUAGGUUGUGGGGAUUCCUUAAAGAAGAUGAUUGCUGACUGUGGAGAAAGAUACCAUGUGUUUAAUAACUAUGAAAAACAGGAUCGUUCACAAGUCAGUGAGCUCAUCAGAAAGAUCGACACCAUGGUGAAGGAAAAUGGAGGCAGCUACUAUACCAAUGAAAUGCUGCAGGAGGCUGAAGCUGCAAUACGGAAAGAAAUGCAAAGAAUCCUGAAGGAAAAGGAGGAAGAGAUGGAAAAACUGAAGGAGAAACUUGAAAGAAAACUCAAGGAAGAAAAGGAAGAAAUGGAAAGAAGAAUAGAGGAACAGAGAGUAGAAAUAGAAAAGGAAAGAAAACAGAAAGCUGAACAACUUAAAGAAAUGGAAGAAAACAUCAAUAGGGAAAGAGAGCAGAGAAAGAAAGAACAGAAGGAAAGAGAGGAGGAAGAUAAGAAAAGAAAAGAGGAGGAAGAACGACAGCAAGAAGAGUGGGAUCAGAUGCGCAAGAAUUUAGAAGAAAAAAUUAAGUCAGAAUCAGAAGAAAAAGAGAAAACAGACAAAAAACUAGAGCAGAGCAGAAAAGAGAUGGAAGAAAAACGAGAAGAAUGGGAGAAGUUAAAAAAAGAGUGGUGGGAAAAAAGAAACAAAGAGGAUGAAGAGAAAAGAGAACAGGAGCAAAAACUAAGGAAGUUUCAAGAGGAAUUUGAGAAAGAAAAGGAAAAAUAUGAAAAUAAAAUCAAAGAAGAUAACAAAAAAAGAGAGGAACUAGAAGAGGAUAAAAAACAACUGGAAGAGAAGUACAAAAAGGAAAAGGAAGACAUGAUAAAGAAUAAGGAAGAGGAGGCGAGAAAACAGGCUAAGGAAUUCAAUGAAUUCAAAGAGAAAUAUGAAUCUUUUAUAAAGCAACACAAAACAGAGAUAGAUAACCUAAAAAGAAAAUAUUGUUCUUGUCCUAUCUGUAAACAUUUAGCUUUCUUUAAAUGAAGUAAUAGGUAAAUGCUUUAAAAAUACUUGCACAAUCAUAUGCUGGGUCCGAUCAUCAGAGGAGACUAUAUCGUGAACUUUAUAUUGAACUCAGUUAACUGACGUUCGGACAGAUGGACAAAUUACUUUUUAACUCCCCGUCGGCCACGUCACUGCACCUCCCCGCACAGUGUCUGCACCAUAUAUCCUGCCCCCAAAGCAAAUCCCAUGAUGCUUUAUAAUGAGAGCUAUUCAAAAGCAAUCUUGGAUAUAUCAGCUUGUCUAGGGACCACAGUUACACAUUACUUUUCACGGUGCAUUGUGGGAAUUUAUGAAUCUACUUGUUUUUCAUCCACUAGACCAGUGAUUUUCAACCUUUGUUGAGCAAUAGCACAUUUUUAACAUUUACAAAAUUCACGGGCACACCACCAACCAAAAUGACGCUCUAACACGGUACAUAUUAUAUAGUUAAUAAUAUAGUUUCUAAAUGUAUUUAUAGUCAGUGUGAAACACACACAAAGCUCUUCCUCAACAGU